AUGCGGCAGAGAGCUCAGUCUUAUAUUCUACAAUUCGGUUUUCCCGUUGGCUCGAGGGCAAUCGCCUUGACCACUUUGCCACCCUCUGCCGGAUUAUGCAACGGCUCUUGCCAAGUGGCGAUACAACACCGCCGGAUCGACAGGCCCACAUUGCAACUACGUGAGGUGGCCCCACCUCCGAGGUUUCAUUGUCGGGGGGACUUGGCGCUUUCGGGAGACAGACAACAUUUUUAG